UGGUGAUGGGAGGGAGGUUAUAAAUAGCGAGUUGGUGAUCAACUUUGUUGUUUGAGCACAUAGCUAACGGUCCAUAGAGGCAAGGAUAGAAACACCUGCGAAACUUAUUUUUUGUUUGUUUCAACGAUGAACCGAAUUAUUCUCAGCAUUUUCGCAGUUGGCCUGUGUUUUUCAGUUGGCCAGGCUCUGCAGUGCUACGAAUGUCAAAUCUGCCUCCUCAAGACCAAAGUCACCUGCAAGGCCGAGGAGCAAUGUUUCAGCGGUGUCGGAAAAGCAGCUAAGGUUUUGGACAUCAAGACAAAAGGCUGCCUGAAAAUGGACAAGUGCAACAUGGUGACUGAUACCAAGAUCCCUUACAUGUCCAACACCACAGUCUACAGCGUAAACAGGACCUGCUGUAGCACGGACCUGUGUAACGCUGCCCCGGGCCUGCCCCGGAUGCGCUUCCUGCACCUGGCCCUCGCCACCACCUUCGUGACCAAAGUCCUGGUGUAAUGGGGGGAAGCCCUCUGGCCUACACGUAUGCAUAUACAGAGGUUGAUACGCAUGUAGGUUGACGGUUCACACACACGCCAACAUUAGCAGUAAUCUGUCCAUGUAUAGAWGUCCUGCAUUAUCUUAUAUAAUUUAGGCCAAGGAGGAAACAUUUGUUAGUGUAUCAUAUACCAUCUAAACUUCAAUUAUUUCUACCCACAUUUUUUUUGUCCUUGAUGCCUCUGUAAAUCUCUCAAUUUYUUUUAUUGCUCACUUGGAAAUGAAGUCAGAUUAGCUUUUUUCCCUGACCCUCAUUCCGUUGCACUUACACACCAGGGAAAACAUUKAAUUAAAUGGAAUGCUCUAGAUUCUAGAAUGCUCAUAUACAAUAGGCAAGUUUAUCAACUUAAUUGAGCAGAUGUUUUCUGGCACUUUAGUAGGAUGAAGCGCUUCAGUCAUUAUACUGUAUAACCAAUGAAUGUGGAUACUGACAGAUUCAUUCAUCAUCAAUAGGGAGCUCCGCUAACAAAGACAAUCUUUACCAUCUUUGGUGUUGGUUAUACCGGCUUGUACAGUAGGUGUUAUGGGUGAUGGACUGCAUGUAUAACCAUUCAGUGUUGUCCCAAUUGCCAUGCUCUAUUAUACAGUAUGUCUUCUGACGCCACAGGCCAUCAGCUUGAAUGAGGCCAACGUAUACAUUUCAAGGGUUAAGUACAUGCCAUUUCAGUCAAUGUUAAUUUCAGAUGAAUGCUAAUUUCAAACAACUAUUUCAAUUUGAUGUUCACUGUUAAUGAGACGAUUUAUCCAGCCACUUGGUGUUGGGGAGCUCCACUGAUCACCCAAAUGAAUAAUGCAAUUGCUCUAUGACCAUGUUUCCCCCAUUCAUGAGCUACAUGAUGARCUAGACCAAAGGAGGGCUAGUUGCUAAACUAGUCUCUCUCCCUAGAAAGGGCAAGCAAUGUGGUUAAUCUUGUUUUGACCGGGAACUGUAUUUUUGGCCACCCUGCCUAUUCCUUUUUGCCUAAAGUAAUGCUUGUAUUUGUAUGGCAAUAUUACAAUAUAGAGAAUUAAAUCAAGCUUUUUAAAUGCUAUAUUUUUAUUAAUAGGAUUAUUUUCUAGGUUAKUUGGACAUUUGUCAAACUUACUUUCUUGUUUGGGAAGAACUGUGUACUAAUUUGAUGUUAGCCAUGUACUAACUGUAAAUGGCUUGACUGAUUGGGUAAAUAUGAAACAUUUUAUUUUUGAAAACCUAUUUUAAACAAUGUGUAUACUGUACGUGAUUGCUGGGUGACUGUGCAAAAUAAAUGAAAUUCAAUAAAUGAUUAAAGCUUCUACAAAAUCCCUUA